GGAUUGCUAGACAAAGUGGACGCAAAAACGGAAACCGUCGUCGCCUGAAUUCAAAGUCCGGAUCGUUUAUUUCCCAAAAGUGAUAAUUUUCAGUGUAACGCUAUUAAUAACGGUCGUUUUUCGUUAACGUUUGAUCGCCGGGCUUUCAAAGUUUCGGGGGUGUUAAAAGACAGUGAUAUCAAGGUACUAAGGCGCAACUAUGAAAUUCAUCCACAAAACAUCGAUCUGUCUGAUGCUGCUGGUCGUACUAAUUGUUCUGAUAGAAGAUGCUUCGGCACGUCGUGGUCGCGCUCGAGGUCGCACAAAAUCCAGGAUGCAAAUUGGUUUGCCAAUUACAGGAAAAUAUCGAGAUCCGGAAUCCGACCAGUACUACAACAAUAAUAACGGAGCGAAAAUCACUUUGGCCUCACACUUUGAUUAUGAAUACGUGUUGGGGCACAAGAUUGCUUUUCUCUGUGUAGCCCGAGGAACGCCACGGCCAACCAUAACCUGGUUCAAGGAUGGCGUCGAGAUCUUCAGCCAUCUAUACCUUCAUGUUCACGAAUGGUACAUCGGCAAGGAUAAGGUGAAGUCGAAAAUUGAGAUCGAUCCCGCUACGCAGAUGGAUGCCGGAGUCUACGAAUGCACCGCCGACAAUAUGUACUCGAUCGAUCGGAGGAGUUUCAAAACUGAUUUCUCGAUUGCGUUCGAUUAGUGCCAUCUUCCACCGGAAGUUGGGGGCGAAGCAUCAGCUGGCAGGACUGUGUUUUUAGUGGUAUUGAAAGAAUAAGCAAGAGGGUUUUGUGUAAUAACAAUGUUUUAUAUCUUUAAUGUUUUUAACUUUCAUCUCAAUGGACAUCAAUCAUGAUUAGUGUUAAUUAGUGAAUGUCCUUAUUUGUUUUUUCGGAAACGAUUCGUUGUCAACUUUGACUUCGGCUGAAAUGAACAAUAAAUUAUGGAAGAAAUUUUUUCUAUGUUAAAUCGUA